CACACAUUACACACACACACACACACGGCCGACAGCAGUGGUAUCGGGGACACCUUCAUGAGUUUGAACGUGCAGAGAGCGAGUCCGAUCCCCAUCCUCCUCAAUGGGAGGUGGAGGCAGAAGCGAGUGGAGAGCGAGGAACCUGUCACCAAGUGCCCGCGGCUCAGCGACUCCCCGCCGGACAGCACCGACCUGCCCUCCCCGGGCUCCCCCGGCCCCACCCCGGGCAGCAGCCCCUUCAGCUCACAGGGCGCCGCCAGGAUCGGCAACUACAUCCUCCUGCAAAGCCUGGAGAGGCACAACGUCUUCAGGGCGAUCAGCAGCCACACAGGGCAGGAAUACGUGUGCAAGGUUUUUGACAUCAAGAGCUAUCGAGAUGAAAUCGGACCAUACCUGCAGCUUCCAGCCCACAAAAACAUCACUGGGAUCGAAGAGAUAAUCUUGGGAGAGAAAAAGUGUUAUGUUUUCUUGGAGAAGGGCCAUGGGGACAUGCACUUGUACAUGAGAAGCUGCAAACGGCUGGGAGAGGAGGAGGCAGCACAGCUCUUUGAACAGAUCGUUUCAGCCGUGGCACAUUGUCACGAUUCAGGCAUUGUCCUCAGAGACCUCAAACUCAGAAAAUUUGUCUUCUCGGAUGAGCAGAGGAGGAGGCUGAGGCUGGAGAGCUUGGUGGAUGCUCAUAUCCUGAAGGGAAAGGAUGAUUCCCUGUCUGAUAAGCAUGGAUGUCCGGCUUACGUGAGCCCAGAGAUCCUGAACACGAGUGGAUGUUAUUCCGGGAAAGCAGCCGAUGUCUGGAGCCUGGGAGUCAUGCUUUACACUCUGCUCGUGGGACGUUACCCAUUUCACGAUUCCGACCCCAGCGCACUGUUUAGUAAAAUCCGCCGAGGACAGUUCUGCAUUCCCGACAGCAUCUCUCCCAAAGCCAAGUGUCUCAUACGCAGCCUACUGAGGCGUGACCCUGCGGAGAGAUUGACAGCCGGGGAGAUCCUGUUGCAUCCCUGGUUCCGAGCUGCCUCGGAGCAGGUAUCAGUGGAUCAGGAGGACUUGAGCUCCGAUCAGACAGUCCCUGAGUUCGACUGCGACCAGCAGGACGCUUCCUCUUUUUUCUGUUGAGAUUUGCAAAAAUUGAAGAUUGGAUAGAUUGGACAGUACCCGAUCACCCCAACGUUUCUUCCUGAGCAGAGGUUGGGCGAUGCAUGUGCAUAAACCUACAGACCCACCUGUCUGAAACAACAGGCCAGGGAUUAUUUGAUGAAGUCAGCGUUUGAACAUUAAAUGUUCAAGGUUAUUGAGGAACCUGAAUCCAGUACUUUGUUCCAUUAUUUCCCACUCCAGACAAGUUUAGACUGCUCAGUGAUGUUUGGUGUGGUUAAAGACUGAACUUGAGCAUAAAUCUUAUCACUCCUGAAAUAAUCCUCCCACCUCCUCGAAUAGUAUAUUGAUUUAAAUUUACUAAAAAUGUACAAAACAAAUUACUUCAAUUUGUUAAAAAAUAAAUAAUGUGGAAGUGGGUAACAAGCGGUUUCAAAUCUUAAUUGCUAUUAAUACCAUGGUUGCAGUAAGAUUUUAUACUGCACUUUACCUCAAAUAUUUCCCCUAUUAUACAGUGUAUUUGGUAACAGAUCUGUAGACUGUUACUAGUGGGGAUCUGAUAAAAUCCUGAAACUGGCCAAGAGAAACUGUCAUGUCAAUAAACUCCCCCACAACUUCCCAUUGGCAGUGGUAGAACGCGCCAAUUCUACCUGAUGUUGCCCCUUUGGUGUUGCUUUAAACUGGUCAAACAAACACUGAGUUCAAGGAGUGUAGUUAUCUGGGUCCACAGCUCACAGUAAACUGCCCAUCCACCGUGAAUGGCACGAUUUGCCAAUGCUUUCGAUUGGGAAAACAAAUCAUGUCAAAAUACAUAGUGAAACCCUGAUCAAAUAAGAUACGGAAGAUGUUCUCAGUGAAAUGUUCACUCCCAAACAAUUUGUGUGGCUAUAAUUUUGUCAACUUCCCACCCCUCCCCUCCCUUCCUGUCACAUGAUGCUGAGGAACAACAAAACCGAUAAGCUGACAGCUUUUAAAUGAUGGCAAAGCUCAAUAAUAGUAGAAAAGAAGACUAUAUUUUGAAGAGUAAAGUAGGCUUAAGGAAGUGUUCCCAGGUAUAAAUCACACUCAGGGUUCGGAUAUUAUUCAUAAACUGCUUGAGCAGUUUAACACAGUUCCAACCAUCUGUUAGCCUUCGUAGAAAAAGGGCAGGCCUGUGUAAUGUAUGUGUUCACACACGUGUAAACUGGCCACCAAUAUGGUCAGGACCUGAAUUUGUUACACCAGGAAAAUCUUGUUUGCAAUUUUUGAGGUGCCAAGACACUGAGAGAAUAAUCAAAGAAACCAACAGAACAUAAAAUUGUUUUUUUUUUAAAAAUCUAAAAUGGGAGAAGUUUUAACAAUCAAUUCUAAAAAAAAUCAACUUUUUAUUUUUUAAAAAAUAUACAAAGGCAACGUUUCUAAAAGUGGCCAAAUAGAAAGCAACAGCAUUGCAUCGUUUACUACCACUGCUGAUCUUACCAAGCAAUUCAGGUUUAGCACUCAGGGUGAUGUCAAUACCAUGGAUGCUGAUAUGAUUUAUGCUUUGUAGGUUGUUGCGAUAACUUUGCUGUGUCCCCAUUUUCCCCGCAAGACUUCAAGGGAACAUUAAUUUCAAAUGUGCUAAAAAAUGCAGCUAGCCAUACAAUCACAGAACGAGUAUAACCCCUUGGGGGGGACAGCAUGGAUUUUAAAUUAUUGAAAAGCACUGAUACAGUUCAUGCACUUGUUACCUGAUGGCCACUCUACACCUUCAGUAAAUUGGAGUUGUAUCACAUUUAUUUCUUCUUCUUGUCAAAUGUCACACGUUACUUGAUUUAUAUAUGUUACAGACGCACUUGAUCCUCAGUUGAAAGGCGACCAUUAAUCUUAUUUUUGCUACAUUUCCUUUAUUGCAUUUGUUGCAUUAAUGUAAUAAAGACUGACAUAAAAUAUAGACAUCAGUUAAUAAUCACAUGGAGAAAUCAUGCCCACCAACUGCAGAGUGAAACCAAAGCAAGAAAUAACAAUGGGAAGAUUAGAUCCAAGUUAGAUGUUGCAUUUUUGUUAACUAUUGUGAAUGUUAUGUUUAUACCUCAUGUACAGUGUACAUGUAAGCAAUGUUUGUCUUUUCCUGUUGUAUUCCGUCAGAAAAUUGUGCUGGUGUGUAAAGAAAAAAUAGAAAUGUGAAUUAUUACAAGCAAUACUAUAGUCUGAGGAAAAUCAUGAGUUUUGAGGUCCAUAAAACAACGAGCUAUUUCUGUUGUACUGAUGUUCUCAUGGUUAAGCAUACAGUAUCUGUGAUACAAAAUUUAACGAAAGAGACUGCUGGCAAAGUUGAAAAUAUACUGGCAGCAAUGUCCUGCUGAAGAAUAUGAAACACUAUUUCAGAAAUGUAAAUAUGUGAAUAUGUACAGCUGUAGAUGAACUUGCAGCAAUAAAGGCAAAACUAGCCAAA